AAAUGAAAUGAGGUUAUAUUUAUAUUUUUAUUUUGAAUUUUGAUGUGGCAUAAUUUUAAUCAAAGUUUUCAUAUUGUUUAGUAAAUUUGACGACUGUUUUCACAAAUAUUAUUACUAGUCAAUACAGAUUAUGUCACUAAAUGCAAAUGCACCUACGAAAUUUCUGUGUUUUGUUUAGUUUUAGACGACUACAUUCCAUAAAAAACAUCCCCAGAGGUUUGUAUAAACAAAGUUAUUGCGUUCAACUUCGAACAUUAGUAAAAAUGAGCUGUGCUGCGAACGUUUCUGAUGUGUUUGAAGGCAAAAUCGACAGAUAUGAAGGGGUAACAAUACAUUCAGAUAAAGAAACAUGUAGCCUCGAAGAAUUUAGUGUUAAACUCAAAAGAUCACUAGAAGCAUGGAUAUCUAGUGGUAAAAGGGGUGUAUGGUUUAGAGUACAUUUAAAUCAAUGUGAUUGGGUUCCGAUUUUAGUGAAAAAUGGAUUUAAAUAUCACCACGCAAAGGGAGAUUACGUUAUGCUGUAUCACUGGUUGCCUAAGCACGAGACCAAUAACGUACCAAAUUAUGCACAUACGAUGGUCGGUGUUGGUGGUGUAGUUGUUAACGAUAAAGACCAGCUUCUUGUUGUACAAGAGAAGCAUUUUUAUAAACUUCCCAUGUGGAAAUUACCGGGAGGUUACGUAGAGCCAGGAGAAAAUUUACUUGAUGCGGCUGCAAGGGAAGUUUUUGAAGAAACUGGCAUAAACACCGAAUUUGAGUCACUUCUAACCAUAAGGCAGACGCACAAUGGCAUGUUUGAAUGUACUGACUUGUAUAUUGUUAUGAAUCUUAGGGCUUUGAAUACUGAUAUAAAGAAAUGUGAAAUGGAGAUUGCCGAAUGCAGGUGGAUGGAUAUUGAGGAAUAUCUAAGUCAUCCGAAUGUACAUGAUCUAAAUAGGUUUUUUGUUGAAAAAAUGUUGCAUCACAGGAAACACAAUAUUAAGAUUGACUGUCAUCAUGGUACCCAUCAGCUAUUGAAAAGGCCAUAUACUGUAUAUUAUGCCUCGAAAAUAGAAGAAGAAUUAUUACAUGAUGACCAAAAUAGUUAAAAAUUGUUAAAUUUUUUUGUUAUUAUUAUGUAAAAUAAAGGUUUAU